AUGAUAGUAGAGAAUGUUAAAAAAAGCAAAUUCUCUUUCUCUCGAAAGAGUGAUUCUGGAUAAUAAUGUAAAUUAGAGUAGUUUAAGAAUAAACUUUAAGGUAUGAUAUUUUUGUAUGUGUAGGGGAUGUACUGCAAUUUCUAAAGAAUACUAAAUAGGAUGAUUAAUCUUUAUAAUCCUUUUUGAAAAGGUUAGGAAUAAACUUAGAAGGUGAUGAAGAAAAGUAUAUUUUGGAUAUAAAAGAAUAUCAUACUAAAUAUGUAGAAGGAGAUAUUUUAGGAGAAGGUUGUAUAGGAUUAGUAAAAAGUGUUAAAAGAAAGAGUGAUGAUUUUGAAUUUGCUUGUAAAACAGUGAAGACUGACUCUGAAGAGAUUGUAAAGAAAGUAUAAGUUUAAUUGUAUUCAAAAGAUGAUAAUGGAAUUUAAAAACCUAAAGAAAUUGAAUCAUCCACAUAUUGUAUCUAUGAAAGAGAUCUAUAUUUAAUGGAAUGAAGGAUUCUAAUCAACUGGAAUGGUGUGUGUAAUAAUGGAGAAAAUAGAUGGUAGAGAGAUGUUUGAGGUUAUUUAAUAAUAAAAACAAUAUAGUGGUAUUAUUUUAACUAAGAAAGAGACCAUUGCUAGGGUGUUGUUCAUACAGAUUUUGGAAGCCAUUAAAUAUAUGCAUGAAAACUAUUGUUGUCAUAGAGAUUUAAAGCCAAAUAAUAUCCUUUGUGCUCAUGAUGGUAAAUCUAUAAAAAUAACUGAUUUUAAUGUAUUGAGAUUAGCUAAAUAAUAGGUUUCAAAAUUUAAUGAUAGCUAUAAAGAAUUUGGAGAUCUUAAUUAACAUGGAAAGAUUGAAAUGUGGACAUAUACAGGAACUGUUGCAUUCUCAGCUCCUGAGAUAUUUUCAGGAAAUCUUUAUAAGUAAUUCAAUUUAUGUAAUUAGUGAAUAAGUUGAUUUAUGGAGUGCUGGAGUCAUAUUAUAUGUCAUGCUAAGUGGAGAAUUACCUUUUAAUUCUGAAUAUUUAAAUGAUCUUAUUGAAUAGAUUAGACAAUGUAAAUAUGAAUUCACUGGAAUUAUUUGGGAUUAAAUCUCAUAAUCUGCUAAAGAUCUAAUUACUAAUCUAUUAUAAUUAGAUCCUGAUCAAAGAUUCACUCCUGAAUAGGCACUUAAUCAUCCAUGGAUUAUGCAUGAAUAAAGUAGUUCAGAUAUUCCAAGAUAUUAAUUAUAAAUUAAUAUGCCUCGUAUAUUGAGAGUUAAAAAUAUUAAUCAAGAAUCCAAAAUCAAAUAAAUUUGCUAUCUUUUUGGGGCUGGAGAUAUUUGGAAAAGACAUUCUCUAGGUUAAGAUACCAAUCUAGAUCUAUAUGAUAAUCUAAAGAAAUAUAGAUCUAUUGAUAUAUCUGAUAGUUGGAAAAAUGCUGAAAUCAAAGUAACGAAGGAUUCAAAUAAAAAAGGUGUUUAUACUAUUGAUUAUUCCUUUAGUGAUUCUGAUUGA